AUGUCGUUGUUCGAGCAAAAUAUGCAUGUGUGCCCCGACGCGUUUAAGAUCGGCAGGCUGCGAUUUCUCCGUCCCCCACCUGCGGUGAUCGCCGUGCCCGAGUCGACCACACCGCGAACGCCCUGUCUGCUCCCGAUCGAACUCCUGGUUGGUAUCACCGACGAUUAUGGUGCUCAUAUCGACUCCUUCGCGUCGCUCGAGCUUCGACUGCGAGUCGUCGAUUGUGACGACCUCCUUUCGUCUCCGAUCAAGCAUGUGGAGCUCCGGGUCAACGGCAGCGAUAACGGUCAUUACGUCUUCGACACGAGGCGCGGGAACUACCACAAGGUCGUUGCGUCCCUCCGAAUAGCUCAAUCACCGGACGUCUUGCCUAAAGCCGUGAGGUUCGAACUCUCGGUCGCACGGACCAAAGCGCCGCCGGACAAACUUUCGCGGGUCUCGCAACGAAUGCUAGAGAUCAUUGGCGAGGGGGAGCAGGUCGUACUCGAGGGAUGGGAGGGUCAGAGGUACAUUUUCAUGUCUUCUCUCAGCGGAGAUGUCGAGCUCAAGAAAGGACGAUCCUUGCCGAAUGAUCCGGGCAAAGUACAAACGAAUCUGCGCCGCAUCCACACCGACCUCGAACACGUAAUAUCUAUCGUCGAACGCCCGGGCUUGAACAAUUCGACCGGACAGCGGUUGUGGGACUGUGCCAUCGGCCUGUGUGGCUUCCUUUCUUCCCGGCCAGACGCCUUGUACCCCUCGCAACCCCUGCCUGAAGCUGCCGAGUCAAGCAUGAAUGACCGCGCCGCUGAUUGGGGCCUCGCCGCGAAACGAUCCAAGCGGGCCCCUCCUCGGCUCGUGGUGCUCGAGCUCGGUGCCGGCUGCGCUCUUGCAACUUUAUUUGCGGCGGUUCUACUGGACAAACUGAAACCAGACGGAUCGAUGACCGCUGCCCGAGCCCGCGUGGUCGCUACCGAUGUCAAAGAAACGGUUUCGACCACGCUUCGCGAGAAUCUUGACUACAACCACCUGUCGGAACAUGUCGAUUCGAAGGUACUGCGAUGGGGACCACUCGAUACGUCAUUGAUCGAUUUUUUUAUCGGCCGUGACGGCGAAGACACCGAUCUAACCUUGCUCGGCACCGAUGUUCUCUACAACCCCGAAUCGCACCAGGCUUUGCUCGACACCCUGACCUCAUUCUUGAACCGGCCGUUGUCGGCGGGUGGUGGGCAUCAGCGAGCCAUUAUCGCCUACAAGGCUCGCACGGAAGGUGAUGAUCAUUUCUUUCAGCUCGCUCGCGAUGUACACGGGUUGCAGGUCACACUGGUCUGGAGGUGGGGCGAGAUCUCGGUGUGGUCAUUCCACGCGGCGGCGUCGUCAUCCUCGUCGGAAGCUGAACGGCGUGAUCGGUGUGUAAUGUCGAUGGCCGAACUUUUAUGA